AAUUUCUAGAACCCACGUCACUUGGUUUGGGAUAUGUUUGGUUCCGUAGUUAUAAAGGAGCCUCUCCUUAGAAUCAUCGAGGACAAUAAUAUUACUCACUGUUCUUUCCCUUUGCGUGAGGAGUUAUGGUAAUUGAUUUCGAGGUUUUCACCCAUGGAUUCUGAUCGUCCCAGAAAACCUUCCCAAAACUUAGUUCACUCUCGCUUCUUCUGUUCUGGCUUCUAUUGCUGGGAUUGGGAGUUUUUGACGGCUCUCCUCCUCUUUAGUUCUUAUCCAUAAGCUUCCUUUUAUAAUUUUUUUUUCUCCUUUUUUAGACAUAUUUCACUAGAUCGAACCAAAGUUUUUUUUUUUUUUUUUGGGAAUAAUAAUAGUAAUAAGAAAAGAUUUGAGGUUGAAAUGUUGCAACGAUCGGUGCCGGCACCGUUCUUGACGAAGACAUAUCAAUUGGUGGAUGAUCCAAGCACGGAUGAGGUGAUAUCGUGGAGCGAGAGUGGCGACACUUUCGUGGUGUGGAAAAAUGCGGAUUUUGCAAAGGAUUUGCUUCCUAAUUAUUUCAAGCACAAUAAUUUCUCCAGCUUUGUUCGUCAACUCAACACCUAUGGAUUUCGAAAGAUUGUGCUAGACAAAUGGGAAUUCGCGAACGAAAACUUCAAACGAGGGAAUAAGGAGCUUCUCUCCAAGAUCAAACGGCGUAAGAUCGUGCCGCAACCGCCGGCGAAUCCAUCGGAGGCCGGAAACGGAAACUCUCCGUCAAACUCCAGGGGAGAAGAGGCGGGGUCCACAUCAACGUCGCCGUCAUCGUGCUCCGGUUCGAAGAACCCAGGAUCGAUGGACACAACAGCUUCUCGCGAGUUAUGGAGCAAGAACGAGAAACUGAAGAAGGACAACAAGACGCUGAGUUGCGAGCUGGCACGUGCAAGAAAGCAGUGCGACAAGCUUGUUACUUUUUUGAGGGACCGUCUGAUGGUGGGUCCCGAUCAGAUCGAUGACAUCAUGCGGCGAGGAUGUGAGGACGCGGUAGGUGAAGGUGGAGGAGGAGACUAUUUGAAACUGUUUGGUGUUUGGUUGAAAAAGGAUAUGCUAACGGACAAACCUAGCAAUGGCCACAACAAAAGAGGCCGCGAAGACCAAAUGGGCUUCGCUGGGCCUCGCCUCAACGACUUUGGAGCUGUGAAAGUCAUCAUGAAGAGCAACUGAAGUACUGAACCAGGACUUUAGCUCGCCACGCAAUCAAGUCACCAAUUUUUAUUUUCUUUUACGUAAAUAAAGAUAGAUUACGAUAUUCAAAAAGGAAAAAAGCAGCUAAAUGCGCUAAUCAUGGUUGUUGGCUGAAAAGGCCAAAUGCGCAUGUGUAGGUUGUGUUAUAUUUUUAUGUAUAAAUUGAUAUUUGAAAAAAAUAUAUAAUGGAAUUCCAAACCAAUACAUUUCAACAA